CCAACUCAAGUGUCUGAUCUCAUUCAGAUAGACUUCUCCACGUUAGGAGUUCGUCCCAACACGAAAUAGUUCGAAAAGUAAAGUUUAUUUUGUUGUUUAUCAGGCACGAGACAUUUACAUCUCGACCGGAAGUGCCUGUGUGUUAGCGUUGUGCACGCGCUGAGGCCGUUUUGUGUGUUUUGUUUUGUUUUUUUUUUGCGUCGAUUUUAUGUCGUAUUUCUGAUACAACGCUCGGUUUUGAGUUGAGGUUUUAAGGAGGAUGUUUGUGAUUCCGAUACUUUACGUCGUGUUUAGUGUUUACUGCGUGACCGAUGCGGAUAAAGCGCUAGCAGAGAAAGGGCGCGUGGAGCUACAGAAGCUGCGGGAGUUUGCGGGACACGCGCGCUACGGCACGUGCUGGUCUCAGGCUCUGGGGAAAGUUCACGCAAACUGUCGGGAUUUCAAUGAGGACACGCAGAGCAUGUUGGCCCUGGGGUUUACUCACUGUCACCUGAGAAGGUCUGGACGGAGUUUUCCGGAAUGUCCCGAGGGCAGCGAUGUUAGAACGUGUACACGUGACAUGGAUCCUGUCGCGUUUAACACCUACACCGAGUUCUUCACUCACGCCCACAGCAUUUGCCACUACCUCCAGAGCGAGCAAUGGCAGCAUCGGGCAGAAAACACCAUUCACAGGCUGACGGAGAGCUCGGCCGGCGUAGCCGAGCAGCUCGCGUCCACCCAGAGGAUGGCUGAGGAUCUAGUAGAGGCCCAAAGUGCAGCUCUUAAAUCUCAGGAAACCAUCCUGCGCAACGGAGAAGAGCUGAAAACCACACUGCAGCACUCCACAAAGGGUCUGAGGGAUGUGUUUGCUGAGAUGAGGCAUUCUGUCCAGGAGCAGCAGGUGGUGUUCGCCGAGAUCUUUAACCGCGUGGCUUUCCUUCAGAGCUUCAUCGUGUCUGAGUCGCACACCCUCAGCUCUCUGAUGUACAACGCGCUGGGGUUUUUCGCGUCCUUCCUGCUCACCUCUACACGUCGCACCUCGGGAGCGAGGUUUUGUCUGUUCGGCCUGGUGGCUCUGAACGUCUACCUGGAGCGCUUGAUUUGUAGGACGGUUACGGAAAGCGAUAAUCCUGAAUAUCAGAUGGAACGGAUCGCCUUUUUGGUCGGGCUUCUCAGGAAAGCCAUGGUGACGAUCGCCUGCCUCGUUCUGCUGUACUUUGCGACCCGGUUCCGAGACGCGAACAAGGAAAGUCUGGAGAUUUUGAGGGAGCUGAAACAGACACAUACUAACCUUCAGAAAACCCUGAGGAAAGCAGAACGCCUUUCAGGCUCUUUAAACGACUGGACCAGACCCAGACACACGCAAUGGGCUGAAAAGUGGAAACAAGAAGAAGAGAGCAGUUUGGUCCUUCUACAUCCUUCUGGCGCCGUAGAAGCCACCGUGCCGCCAUUUCCUUCCCUUCACAGGAGUGGACAACACGAGAGCUUCGUUCCACCGCUGCAGUCUCCGAGCUCUUCUGAGAUCCCAAAGAGACGUCAGCGUCGUUCCUCAGGCUCCCGUAUGCGUAACACUUCAGCAGCAGUCGUCUACAGUGUGCUAGUGAAAGAAGGCCACGACCAGCCGAGGUACAGCCUGAGGAGCAGGACAUCAUUAUGUGCCCUGGAGCCAAAAGGCGAAAGAGAUUGAGUCUUCAGGAGCGUGUCUGAGAGUGUGUGUGUGUGUGAACAAACAUGUGUACGGGAGUGUGUGUGUGUGUGUGUGUGUGUGUGUGAUGAGGGAGUGUUAAGACUGACUAUGACUAUGAGCUCUGGAUGUCUGUUAGAAGUUCUGAUUACGUUUCACAUUUUAAUGCUUCUGGAUUCUUUUAAUA